GCGGUUUGUCUUCGUGUUGUUUUCCAAGCUCACAUUCUCGAAGCUAUUUGUGCUUCGAAACAUCAACAGGGUAUGAGUCACUAAUGGCUCCAAUUCAUCAACGGCAAAUGUUUCCAAGCUCACCAAAGACCACACAAUACUGUCAAAUGUGCUGCAUCAGUUAGUCUGCGCGCCCGUAUGACUUGCAUUAUCAAGAUCUGUAAUGUGCAACCUGAUCGGUGAGUUUGUGUGGACACAGUGGAGGGUGUAUUUUAGCGCUCCAGUCAGGUCACUUUUCAUUAUAUUCGUUACUAGGACACAGUUGAACCCGACGCUCCUCCUUUUAAUCUGGCAUGUUGGAACAUUAUCACCUUAUCAGGUUAGGCUUUACACGCCUAACAAGUCACAGUGACUUGCUCAGAUUUUGCUGUAGAGAGGAAGCAGCUCUAUACACAAACUGAGACGUGAGAACGUGGGUGUGGUCAGGCUAAAGACCAAACAUUCAACCGGGGUCUUAUAUAAGCGCUCAGACUGAGAACAGUGCAAACAGAGGCAGAGGAAAUGGCAGCGCAACCAGUCACCGUGCUUAUCACAGGAGCCAACAGAGGCUUGGGCCUGGAGAUGGUUAAGCAAAUGCUGGAGGGAAAAUGUCCAGUGAAAAAGCUGUUUGCCUGUUGCAGAGACCCGAAUGGACCCAAGGCUGAGGCCCUGCGAGCGCUGGCAAAGAAGCAUCCUAAUGUCCACGUCAUACGUCUUGACGCCGCUGACCUUGGUAGCAUUAAACAGUGCUCCCAGCAGGUGGGCGCUCAGGUGGGGACGGGUGGUCUCAACCUGCUGAUUAACAAUGCAGGGUACAUGUCCAAAAGCAUCCUGCAGGAGACCACUGCAGAGGACAUGCAGACCACUCUGAACACCAAUCUCAUGGGUCCUAUGUACAUGAUUCAAGAGUUCCUGCCUCUCCUUCGUGCAGCCGUGAAGGCCAGUAAAAUACCCGGGAUGUCCAGCAGGAAAGCAGCCGUCGUCAGCAUCACCUCACUUCUGGGUUCGAUGCAAGUUGUCAAAGACACAUAUUCCUUCUUCCCUGCCAUCUCCUACCGCAUCAGCAAGGCUGGUCUGAACAUGCUGACACUGUGUGCUGCAGAGGAGCUGAAGAAGGACGAGAUCCUGUUUUCUCUGCUGCACCCUGGCUGGGUGCGCACCGACAUGGGUGGAGAGGAGGGGGAGAUUGACGCCCUGGAGAGCGUGACAGGGAUGCUUAGCGUGAUAGAGUCCCUGACUGAGAAGCAAAAUGCAGCAUUCCUGGAUUAUAAAGGCGAAACCGUCCCCUGGUAACAAACAACCGCUUUGUGUGUCACUGCAGUCAAUCACUAAAUGAACCCA